UUUUCAUUUCUUUUGUUCUUGAACAUGAAGUUAUUGUCCAUAGCAACAUGCUUGUUCACUUUAAUGACAAGCUUGACCUAUGCUCAAAAUACGGCAACAGAUACGACUACCACAUCGUCUACUAUUGCUAAAUACGGGAAUUCGUUUAAAAAUCAGGGUGGCAAUAUCCUUCAUGAUAAAGUGAAUGUUUACAUAAUCUUUUAUGGCAACUGGACUUCACCUCAAGCACAGCAAGAACAAGCGACCUUUAUGCAUUUUGUCGAAAACAUUUCUAUCAGCCCUUGGUUCAAGCUUUUAAAUCAAUACUUUGACAGUUCUGGAAGAACAGUUACUGGCCCACUUAAUUUAGCAGCUGCAGUAAACGAUGCCGGAAGUCAAUCGCUCAACUUGACAACAGCCGCCCAUAAAAAAAUUAUUGUUGAUGCUGUCAAUUCAGGAUACCUUUCACCUAUAAAUCGUAUAGAUAGUAACGGUAUCUAUAUCAUCAUAGGAGGACCUGACGUAAAGGAUGCCGAGUUCUGUACUGCCAAUUGUGGAUACAAUAGCUAUGAUAAUGAUUUCCAGUAUAUGUUUAUUGGUUAUCCUGGAAUAUGUCCAAACAGCUGUAUGCCACAAGUUAAUGUUAAGAGCUCACCAAACAAUUCACCAGCUAUGGAUGCAGCCAUCACUAUAUUCUCUCACGAACUUCAAGACAUCCUGACAGACCCAAGAAACAAUGCUUGGGUCAUCCAAGACAAUGGCUCCACUAUCGAAUUGGGCGAUUUCUGCUCCGGUACAGGAACAGUAUCCUACCAGUUUGGAAAUAUCACCCAAGAAAACAGCGGAAGUUACAACAUAGAACUGGCUGGAAACAAAUAUCUUGUACAAACUAUCUUUGAUCUCGAGACUAAGCAAUGCUCUCUUGGUAAAUAAAGGGCACUUAUACCCGGUCACCUUCACUUGUUAACAAAAAGAAGCAAUGGAUCAUAUUUUUAAAAGAGAGAAACUGAAAUAAAAAUCUCUACUUUCUCUUUACCAUUCAUUCUGUGUACAGAAAUGAAAAUCUCUCACAGAUUGUCAGCUGUAAGCUAACUGAUUGCAUAAUUGCUUAUCACGUUUAAUUCUUGAAGCAUAAAAGAAAGCAAACUGAGUGCG